AUGUAUCUGCGGGCGCUUCAAGGGUACGAGAAGGCGUGGGGACCCGAUCAUACGUCAACACUAGACACGGUUAACAACCUAGGGAUCCUUUACAAAAACCAAGGCAAGCUGCAAGAGGCGGAGGACAUGUACCUGCGGGCGCUUCAAGGGUACGAGAAGGUGUGGGGACCCGAUCAUAGGUCAACACUCUCUACGGUUAACAACCUAGGUCUCCUUUACGCCGACCAAGGCAAGCUGCAAGAGGCGGAGGACAUGUAUCUGCGGGCGCUUCAAGGGAAGGAGAAGGCGUGGGGACCCGAUCAUACGUCAACACUCUCUACGGUUAACAACCUAGGGAACCUUUACGCCGACCAAGGCAAGCUGCAAGAGGCGGAGGGCAUGUAUCUGCGGGCGCUUCAAGGGUACGAGAAGGCAUGGGGACCCGAUCAUACGUCAACACUAGACACGGUUAACAACCUAGGUCUCCUUUACGCCGACCAAGGCAAGCUGCAAGAGGCGGAGGACAUGUAUCUGCGGGCGCUUCAAGGGUACGAGAAGGCGUGGGGACCCGAUCAUAUGUCAACACUAGACAUGGUUAACAACCUGGGUCUCCUUUACGCCGACCAAGGCAAGCUGCAAGAGGCGGAGGACAUGUAUCUGCGGGCGCUUCAAGGGAAGGAGAAGGCGUGGGAACCCGAUCAUACGUCAACACUAGACACGGUUAACAACCUAGGUCUCCUUUACGCCGACCCAGAGUAA